AUGCAUCUUCCGCGCCUCAUCUCCUCUUCUCUCUUCAUCUUGGGUGCCGCCUGCGCCCCAAUUGAGCUGGAUGCAUCCGCCUCGGCUACCGGCAGUACUCUCAGCCUCCUCCGUCGAGACCCAGGCAAGCCAGAAUGCAGCGUCUCCAACGCUUCGUUACCGCAGACGGGCAAGGGUGCCGAGCUCCCUGCCGCUGCCUCAAACUUGAAGCUCAAAUUCAUCACGCUCGGUAUCGGAACGCAGAACUAUACUUGCGCAGAUUCAACAGAGUCUACGAAGCCUGCGCUACUUGGCGCUGUGGCUACCAUUUAUGACGCUUCCUGCGCGGUUACAAAAUAUUCUCAGAUGCUGGACUUUAUUUCAGAUGCAGCUGUUCGACUACCCACCGAUAUGGUCAACUAUUUAGCCUCCAGAUACCUGAACUUGAAAGUCGUGGGCAAUCAUUACUUCGCUGGCCCUGUUCCGAUGUUUGAUUUGCGAAAAGAUGGUCAUGACGAGUACGUCCUUGUUUCGGUAGCAGCGAAGGUUCCUGCUCCUUCCAGCGAGAACGUGGAUUGGCUACUGCUCAACCGAGUAGAUGGCGUUGGACUCCAGAGUGUCUACCGUGUGAAAACUACCUCUGGUAAAGCGCCUGCCACCUGCAAGAACAUGCCUGCGCAGUUCCAAGUUAAAUAUAUUGCGCAAUACUGGUUUUAUGGAUGA